CUUGUCUCUCUUUGCAAUGCAUGGUUUUACCUUUUCAAUACCCUUCAUCGUUUAGCUACUGCCAUCAUCUAUCUCUCUCUCUUCUAUAUUCCUCUCUCUCUCCCAUACUGGAAGAUCAGUAACAACAUGGCACUAUGGUUAACAAGUACAAGAAGAGGUGGUGGUAACUUAAUGAAGAAAAUCAUAAGCAGUUAUCCUCUACCAUUAUUCCCUAAUUAUCAAACAACUAUUGCUUCCUCAUCUUCAUCUCCCACUCUCCUCAGUGAUUCUAUUAAUGGAAAAAGGACUUCUUCAUUCCAAUAUUCGUUUUUGGGUACUCGCCAUUACAAAUCCAUGCAUGCAGCAGGUGAACAGAUAUUAUCCCAAGAAGAUGAUAAUGAUGAUUCUACUUUUGGGAAAACAAAGAAUAUGGAUCUUCCGGGUGGCAAGAUUGCGUAUACAAUUGACAUGAAAUUUCUUCCUGGUUCGUCUGAGGAGAGGGUGAAAUGUUACCGAGUUCUUGAUGAGGAUGGCUACCCGAUUUCAUCGGACAUGUUGGAAUAUAUGAGUAAAGAACUUGCAUUGAGAGUGUAUAGCGGCAUGGUUACGCUUAAUACAAUGGAUAAAUUCUUUUACGAGGCGCAAAGGCAAGGAAGAUUAUCAUUCUAUUUAACAUCAUUUGGUGAGGAAGCUAUCAACUUAGCAUCAGCGGCUGCACUUAGCUUCGACGAUAUAGUAUUAGCGCAGUAUAGAGAGCCAGGAGUUUUAUUGUGGCGCGGUUUUACCAUGCAAGAAUUUGCAAACCAAUGCUUCGGAAACAACAUUGGCCAUGGAAAAGGCAGGCAAAUGCCAAUUCAUUAUGGAUCGAAGAAGCUCAAUUAUAUUACAAUUUCAUCACCAUUGGCCACACAACUCCCUCAAGCAGUUGGUAUGGCUUAUUCGCUAAAAAUGGAUAAAAAGGAUGCGUGUGUAGUGGCAUUUUUCGGAGAUGGUACUACGAGUGAGGGAGAUUUUCAUGCUGCUUUAAAUUUUGCUGCGGUUAUGGAUGCUCCGGUUGUAUUCAUAUGUCGUAACAAUGGAUGGGCUAUUAGUACUCAGGUCACCGAGCAAUUUCGAAGCGAUGGAGUUGUUGUUAAAGGCCAAGCCUACGGAAUUCCAAGUAUAAGGGUAGAUGGCAAUGAUGCUCUAGCAGUUUAUAAUGUUGUUCGUAGUGCUCGUGAGACGGCUAUCAACGAACAACGCCCAAUACUUAUCGAGGCCAUGACAUAUAGAGUAAGUCACCACUCUACAUCCGACGAUUCAACAAAGUAUCGGUCGAAGGAUGUUAUCGAAUACUGGAACACAGUGCAUUCUCCUAUAACAAGAUUAAGAAACUGGGUCGAGAGAAAAGGUUGGUGGAGUGAUAAAGAAGAAUCUGAACUCCGUAUUCAUACAAUGAAACAGGUUAAACAUGCGAUUGAUGAAGCCGAAAAAGAAGAAAUGCCACUUCUUAGAGACAUGUUCACAGAUGUGUAUGAUGAUUUACCAUCAAAUUUAAUGGAGCAAGAAACAUUGGUUAGAGAAACAAUACAAAGGCACCCAAAAGAUUUCCCCAAGGACAUGCCACUAUGAAAUCUUUGAAUUUGUCAAUGCAAAUUUGCUACCUUUAUUGGAAUGGAGAAGUAUGAAAAUACUUUUCUGUUAGCUUGAUCAUGUGCAACCUUCAUUUUAAAUCU